UCUUAGAACUGAUUCAUAUUAGCAGGAAAUGGGAAUGCCAAAUGUAAGCGAGAAAACAGAUGGCUCUCGGAUUGAACUUUUCUUCCCACCGGGUCAUUCAUAAGUUCUUGCCCACCAGUUGCAUAGAUGAUUGUCGCUAGAGGGAAUUUUAUCAUUUCACGAGUAGAAUUAUUCUGCUCUAGCUCUACAGGUUUCCUUUGAAGUGAAUGUGACGCGUGUCAGUAAGGGAAAACCCCAGAUCAACGUGAAACGGGGAUUACAAUAAACCAUCAAGAUUUGAUGAUAAAAAAACAUCGCGACCGGUUCAGAAGGUUCAUGACAGACCAUGGAGCAAACAGCGACCGCUAAAAAUACCACGAGACAAAAGAAGCUACGAAAAACCCGAGCUCGCUCAUCAUCCCGCGGGAAACUCUCGGGUAGCGGGCGCUUCGGGAUUCGCUACCUGCACCAUCAUAUGUUUCAAGAGGAAACCCCCACCGACAAGGGAUGCCCGUAUGUAGAUUGUAAAUGCGGUGGCGCUAUGGCCGCUGUAUAUAGCGGUAAAACCCUAAUUGCUUUGACUUGCUCUAUCCUCGUCCUACUAAUCGGAGUGACAUUUAUGCUAGUUGGUUAUCUAAUACCCAGGAGAUCGGUGGUGUAUUUAGAGAAGAGUAAUGGAUCGAGGAGGCCAACGGACGAUUCCGCGCUCACAUUCAACAACAUGCUGGAUGAUUUUACUCUGAUAGGAACUGUUCUAAUCUCUCUAGGGGCUCUGCUAUUUUGUCUUGUUCUUCUAGUACCUAUAUGCAAGGUUUCGGAUCAUAAGGGGGAGUACCGUGAGGUGCCUUCGGAAGAUGUCGGCAGUGGGAAUACGAGACUGGUUAGCGUGAAAAAACACAGUAAAGAUUCGACAGCCGUACAAGGAGGAGAAAGCGUCUUAGGUUCUGGUUCCGCCACGAAUAUUGAUAAAAUCCCUGUACUAGCUCUAGUACAUAACAUACAGCCCCAGCCACACGAACAACAAAAGUCUGCGGCCAGCAGAAAUCGAGAAUACAGGAAAAAACGAGCCGAGAAGUACAAGGAUUCUUUUGAAGAGGAAAGUGAGAACUAGCCAUCGAAACUUAUUUCCGCUCCGACUUUCUAAUCCCGUAUUUUUUAAUAGAUUUAAAAUCUUUCUUCAUGCAUUAGAUAUAGACAGAAAGGGAUUUGGUAUUUCCUAAGUUUAAUAGGAAAAUGGAUUGUAAUUUAGGAUUUUUAAUGAUAUUCACAAUGGCGAUGUAUCCAUUCGACACUUGUGACACAAGGAAAAUCUAGUGUUUUGAAUAAAUUAAUCAUUGAUGUCCUUACUUCCUCGUUUUGCCAAAGACCAAUAGUAGCUUUGCUUUGUUUAAACAGGAAAGAAAGGAAUGACGAUGUUGCCAUGGAGACGGAUUUGAUCGCUUGUAUAAUGUCAAAAUACUUUAUCUUUACUCAGAUAAUAAAUCUAAAAAAACCUAA